AAAGAACGUCCGUGCAUCCCAAUAGUGCAGUGUAUACCAAUCAUAUGGCCUCAUUUGUCAUGAGCCAUAAUUUCCUUUUCCCCAUCGUAAGGUUUUUUUUUAUUUUUGCUUCUCUUUUUCGCUUUUCUUUCCUCCGCUCGUCCCCUUUUUUUUCUUCUUUCUUCUGAUAUAAAAUGGGAGCCAAAUAUUCGAUUAAUCAAAACAGUCAUUCACAAAAUAAUAAAAAAUUUCGAACGGUUUCACAAAAUCUUCGACUUUCAACAAAUAUUAAAUCGAUAAAGCGACACUCACCUACACCUCCAAUGUCACCUCCAGGAACAAACUCUGUACAAUCCGAUGCCUCAUUGGUUUCAGCAACCAAUUCUUUCAAUUACAUUGAUAACACACAAAAGGGUGAAACAGAUAGAAACCAUGUCAAACACUUUGGUCUCAAAGUUUUAUUUGAAGGAAAUGUAUUGAAAUCAAUAAGCGAUAAACUUGAUUUUACAUCCAGCGAGUUGCGUGUUUUGGAUGUGGGCUGUGGCUCUGGAACUUGGCUUUUGGAUAUGGCCACUGAAUACCCCAACGUACAAUUUACAGGCAUCGAUCAAAUUUCAUCUAUUCCUCAAGAUAUUCGACCUUCCAAUAUUGAUUUUUCUGUACAGGAUGUCUUGUGUGGACUUUCGUUCGAAGAUAAUUCGUUUGAUUUUGUUCAAAUGAGAUUAUUCUCCAUGACAUUUGAUCGUGCUUACUGGGUUCAGGCUUUGGCUGAAGUUUACCGUGUCUUGAAGCCAGGAGGAUAUAUUCAAUUGUUGGAACCUCGUUAUGAUGAUACUGGAGAUGAGUUUGUUAGAGAUUACUCAACCAAAGUUGUAUCCAUCUUGAAUGCAAAUGAUCAAGACCCUAAUAUCUGUGAGAAUUUGACUCCAUUAUUAGAAAAUAAUGGAUAUACACCUGUUGAAUUUGUUGAGAAGAUUGUAAACUUGAAAACUCACCCACUUCGAAACGAGUUCCUUUACAUCAUUCGACUCACUUUAGACUCUUGCAAGCCUUACGUCAUCAAAAUUUGUGAAAUGACAAGCGAUGAGCAAUACUUGGAAUUCCAAGAGCAAUAUAUGGAGCAUCUUAUCAAAUCUUCUGAGUCUGUAUGGACUGCUUGUGCAGGCAUGAAGCCUUUAAAUUAAGUAAACUUUACCCCGUUCCUUUUUAAGCAUUGAAAAUGUCUUUACUUUAUGCUCUCUCUCUCUCUCCUUACCAUCACUUCUUUUCAGCUAUGUCUUUUAUCUUUGCUCCUCUCACCUUAUUUUUUUUUUAUAUUAAAUAUGUAUGUAAAUAAACCUCUCUCUCUCCCUCUUUUCAU